AUGAGUAAUAUUGAUUAUCCUCAAUUGUUAGAUUAUUAUAAAAUCGCCUAUGCCAUGCCCAAUCCCAUUUCUUACCACGAUACCAGAUUGUCACAAUAUUUUCCUCCUCAUUCAAACCACCGAGCAUCAACAUUACAUCAAGACCAGCAUGUUUUUGCAUACAUCCGAUGGUAUAAUUCGACAAAUGACAAUGAACACAGAGAUGAAGGUAUUGCAAUCUGCUUGCCAGAAUUCUCUGCUGAUAAUUAUCACAGCAUCUUGCCUGUACAUUGCAUACACUUAGAGGUCGCAACUGCUGUAGAUGUAACUGAUAUGAACGAAAAAAGAAUGCUAGUCAUUCCUAUGCCAAAAAAAUACUAUGCCUGA